AUGCUGAGGAGGCCCAACAAAGGCGCGUUGGAAAUAUUCAAAGUUAACGCGAAAUCUCCGAAAGGAUGCGAUUCGACUGAAGAUCGACAGAUGCGAAUAGUUGGUCGUUUCGUUAACGAAGCAGUACUCUGUUUGCAGGAAGACAUCAUUUCGACUCCGGUAAGCGGUGACAUUGGAGCUGUCUUUGGUCUAGGCUUUCCUCCGUUUUUGGGCGGGCCCUUCCGAUUUGUUGAUCAAUAUGGAGCGCAGCGUUUUAUAGACACCAUGAAUAGAUUCAAAGAAGCGUACGAUGACGCACCUGAAUUCGAGGUAUGUGACCUCAUAAGCGAUCACGCAAAGAACGAACACAAACGUUUUUACGCUGCUGAGUAG